ACUCUAAACAUUGUUGAGUGCGGUUGACAGUCUAUCGUGUUGUGUGUUUUAUCGUUGCUUUUGCUAACAGUUCAAGCUUAUCAACAUAUGCGAAGGCUUUCAAUACGAAACCGAAAGUGCAUUGCGAAUUUUGACAACACAAUAAUACGAUAAAUCAUUGAGUGUGUGCAGAUAUAAAUAUACUCGUUCUGAGAUUCCCCUCGAAACUAAAAAACUAAACUAAAAUCGGUGCUGCACCUGUUUCCUGCCAACCGCAACAGAUGCGCCCCAGUCGGAAUCGCAUUAUGCGGCACGUACGCGCCUUUGGCUACGCAUAAAAAUGCGUUGUGUUCUUUGAGUGAAGUGCAUGAUAAGUUAACGAUAACUAAGGGCUACAAAAAAAAUAACAUAAAGACAACAAUAACUUUAGCUACGAAAAACGGCCUUGUGCAUUUCUCAGUGUAUUUUAUUUUCUGUGUGCUUGGCAAUCGAUCAAAGUCGGCCUAUAACAUUUUUGGGAUUACACAUAUUUGGAUACAUAGUCUAACUGAAUUUUAAAGGUAAGCCUUGGCAUCAUCUGAAGCGACUACGAGUAUCUCAUCAUCGCAUCCGCAAGUUGUCAGCGACUUUUACUACCCGACAAACUAUUUAUAAGAUGCUGAAACACGUACAAAUUUCGCCGCUGCGCAAUCGUUCGGAUUCUGUCUCUUUGCGCUCCUCGAGCAAUGCUUCUUCUUGCGCCAGUUCCAUGUGCGGCAGCCCGGAACCGCCAACGGAUAUGCAGCGAACUCCCUCGCGGGCCUCCAGCUACUCCAGUCUCAAUGAACAGUUGCCACAGACCACGAUCAAAGUCUACACAAACUGCCUGAAGAUCGACAUUGAAUACAAGACGCUGGGCAUACAGUGGGACACUACCAGCAAGGAGGUGAUAACACAGCUGCUGAGACGCCUGAAGAUGCGUCAUCGCGAUCCUCGCCUAUUCUACCUCUCCAUGGAGGUGGCCGUGAGACGUGCCGGAGUGAAGACUAUUCUGGUGCUCGACGAGGACACGCGACCGGCUAUACUCCAGGCUUGUCAUCCCAAGGGCGAGUCGCGAUUCUGUCUGCAACUCAAGCCCGGCGGAUUGAUUCGGGUGCACACUUCGGCACUGCAGCCGAGCUCCCAGUACAAAUCGCUGGUGAUCAGCGAGGAGACGAACUGCGAUGAGUUGUUGCAGCUCUUGCUGGGCUGCUACAGUUCCUUGGAGCCCGUUGAGAACUUCUCGCUGUACGAGGUGUGUCCGGGGCAGGAGUGCCAGCGCAAGCUGCAUCCCGACGAUCUGCCACUUCGUGCCCAGUCGGAGCGCCUGCGUCGAGGCGAGAGUUGUCACUUUCUGGUGCGUCGGACUCCCAACUAUGCUCGGCGUCGUCAGCUGUUGGCCAAUCUCAACGAGGCUAUCAAUCAGAGCACUGCGUCCAGUGCCAAUGUGGAGGAUACAGAUUCCGUCAGUCUUCUCGAGAUGUCUCUGGAGUCGGAGCUGUCGCUCUCCGAGGAUCUGCGCAGCUGCAGCAGCAACGAGGAUGCCGAGGAUGAUGAAUGCGCCAGCAGUUCCGGCUCCUCGGACAACUCCACCGAGUGUGCCCUGCAUCGUGACUUCUAUCAGCGACCCACCUCAAGUCCCGCUACCUCCCCCAGUGUCCAAUCCAGCAGCAACAGCAACAGCAACAGCAGCAGUGGCAACUCGGCAUCUCCUCCAGCUCGCGCCUACAGUCCCGUCUACAACAUCCGAGAGAUUCGCACGGCAUCGCACUCGUUCUCCUCGCUGGGCAAGGACAAGAAGCUGCUGGACAUCCACAUGAAUGCCCGCUAUGCGCCCACGGGAGUCUACAGUCGCCUCCUGCCCGUUGCCGAGGUGGACACCGGUAGUUGCCUCGAUUUAAAUGCGAAUGCAACAGCAACGGCGGAAGCUGUUAACAACAAUCCGGCCAAAGGACUUGGACACUUUGUCUAUUUGUAACCGAAGCCGGCAACUAGUCAAGUUGCGACUUGUACAUAGAGCAAUAAGAUCAGUAAGAGGAUUAGGCUUAGUUGAAUUACGUAAGCCGAGACGUAAGGAAAUCCCCCAAAAACGAGUACCGUUUGGACCAAAGAUGCAUUUGUAGGCUAAGUGAAAAAUGUAAAUAUAAUAGUUAGGAAACUGUCGAGACAUCCUUUGGCAAUUCCCCAGAGGAAAGCUAAAGGAGUAAGAGGAGGAGUAUAUAUCAAAAGGAGUCUAGAGCUUAAGGCUUUAGUCGCGUAGCUAAAGCUAAACUAAGUCCAAGAUCCAGGCACCUAACCAAUUACCAUAUAAGAAUACGUAUAGAAACCAAAAGAUAUUGUCAUAAUAACACAAUUAUACACACAUAAAAACCAAAAAACAAAAAAAAA